AAACAAAAAUAUACCGUGACGUAGAAGCUCCGUAAUCCAAGACGAACCAAUCCGUAGUCAGCCGACGCAAGAUGGCCGCCGCCAUGCGAUGCGUCCUCGUGAGUUUUCGGCUGGUUAAAAAUUCGGGCACUCCAAGUGUCUUGUGCCAGAGGUUAUGCAGCCAUACUCCAGCCUCCGUGGCCGGCGAAGUGCCGCUUCCAGCAGCUGAUGGCACAGUGUCUGCCGUCCCACCGAGGCCACCGCUGCCGCUUGUGAUAAAGCGAGAGCUGGCCUACCCUUCCAAGUUCACACCAAACAGGGAAGCAUGGGUUGAAAACUUGGACACCGUCGAAUCAGAGAAGCUGGGCCUGAUUCCACUACACCCAAAAAUCUUUGGGGUGUUUCCCAGGAUUGACACGCUGCACUGGAACAUAAACUGGCAGAACAACUACCAGAAAGUGGACUGGACAACAACAGAGUCACGUGCCGAGCGCAGAGGUGGAGGCCGUAAGCCGUGGCCACAAAAGGGCACAGGCCGAGCACGUCAUGGCAGUAUCCGGUCACCCAUCUGGAAAGGAGGUGGCAUAGCUCAUGGGCCCCGUGGACCGAGGACAUACUACUACAUGCUGCCCUUCUUCCGGCGUGUUCAAGGUCUCACAACUGCACUGUCUGUCAAGCUUGCACAGGAUGACCUGAAGAUAGUCGACAGCCUGGACCUCCCUACUAAUGACUCCAAGUACCUGCUGAAGCUUGUGGAUGAAAGGUUCUGGGGGCCUUCGGUGCUGUUUGUGGACAACACGGAUUAUGUUUCUGAAAACAUAGCCCUGAUCUGUGAUGAAGUAAAGCACUUCAACAUAAUGCCCGUUUAUGGACUCAACGUACACAGCAUGUUGAAGCACGACACGCUCGUUCUGACGCUCUCUGCUGUCGAAGAAAUCGAGAACAAGCUUCUCUACCAGCUGCACAGAAUUGAUGGCAAAGAGGUGGCGCAACGAGACCACAGAAGGCCCUACUUGUAAAUUGUUCCCAUACAGUUGUCAUUGUAGCCACUACCCCCCGAUAAACCUAGACAUCCAUAUAAAUAAACGCACAGGUUUCAAAUUUUUGC